AUAUUGAAUUUGUAAAAAAUGUUUGCAUUUUAGAAUUAUAUAAAUUUUUUGUGUUGUACAAAUUGAUAAAUCUUUUGAUAUUUUUAAAAAGAAAAAAGGGAGUUUCAAUUCGACAUACUAAAAAGGAAGGAUAGCGAGAAUACAUAUCUACAACCAAAAGUCUUUUUAACCAAUGUUAUCAUUUCAAAAAAAAAAUGUAGCCAUAUUUAUGAUGUGCUUCGAACAAAUUUAGUCAUUUUCACUAAAAAUGUUAAUGGCGUUUAAAUGUGUCGUCAAAAAUGCGCCGACAUUCUUUGGAGUCAGAUACGGUAGCAUUGAUGCAACCCAAUAGAAGACCUAGAACUUUCUCUACAUUAACAAAAAAUUGAGUUGGAUGCCACCUAACCUCUCACGGUUAGUUUCAAAUCGACAUGUCAAACCAUCUGUUGAUCAUGACAAUAUGAUAAUGACUCGGAAGAGACACAUGAAGAUAAACAUUUCAAUUUUUAUAUUUUAACUAAAAAAGAGUUAUAAAAUUAUUAACAAUACCAUAAAAUUGACUAAUAUUUUGAUGCAUUACGAAAAAUUUGACUAAUUAAUAGUAUUUUAAUAAAUUUAAAUAAUAUAAAAGAUUUAGAUAAGAAAUACACAUGACCUUUUAUAUAUAUUUAAAUAAGUACUUGCCAAUCGGCGUAAACAAAGGUUUACUCUCCCCUUCCCGUCUCGUCGCUCCCCCAUUAACUUUUCUUCCUCCUCUUCUCUCUCAGGUUUUUAUUUCUCUCUCUAGCCUUCUGUUUCGUUCUGUCGGUCCUCUGCUGCCCCGCCCGCCUGCGCCUUUCUUCGCCCACUCAGCAGCCUUCGCGCCCGCCAUACCUUUGAAGGCUUUCGCGCUCUAACUCUAAUGGAGGUAAACCAUAUAUAAUAUACAGUAAUUUACAUCUCUAGUUAUGUAUGUAUGCAUACAUCUCCGUGGGCACGGAAGACAAGGGAAGGGAAUUGAUGGCGUCUUCUUUGUUUCGAGUUGCCCUGUUCCUUUUCCCAGAACCGAAGGGGGUAAAUCUUUUUUACUCCGGGAUCGUGUCCAAAUCUUACUCUCUCAGUACUCAGCCGUAGUAAUAUUCGUAACUACUUUUGUUUUUACGGCUUUUUUUUCAAACUCCCGUAAUUAUUAUUUAUAAAUAUCAUGAAGCUCUGCUCUCGAGCUGCCAUGGCUGGUUAUGAGCUACGGGGUAACUGGGUAGCUUUGUCAGAUGAAUGUGCUUCGUGGGUCGUUGGUAUUCAAGCCAAAGUUUCGAGCUUUUUAUUUUUCCAUUCGUGUUUUUUUUUUGCCCCUCUUCUCUUGGGAAAUGAAUAGAUAUCCACUGGGUUCUCAGUUAAUCCCUAGCCGCCUUCUGCUACUGCAGAAUUCAUUUCUAUGGACUGGAAUGUAAACCAAUUGCUGCGUUCCAUUUUUGAUUCAUUGGUUUAGUUAUUUACUUAGUUGGUUGGUUUUAUCUCCGAAUUUGAUUUGAUUUCCUGUUAAGUGCAUUUUUAUGUUUUCGUUUAGAUAGAUUUUUGUUUUCUGUAUGAUUAUUGCUUCUGCUAUCAAUGUAGUUGGAUUUGGUUACUGGAUUUACUCAGAAACCAGCUGCUCCUAACUUUCACUGUAAUGUGGAGAGUUCAAUUUGAUGGUGGGAGAAUUCUAGAUCCUGUUACAGGCUACAGUACCAUUAUUUCCUUAAGAGUUGAAUUUAAUGGUGAGAUUAGUUGCUACUCAGACACUGUUUGUUUGCUAAGAAUCUGUUUUCGUUACUUGCUUUUGUGUACAGAUGGAUGAAGUUCAAGUCGAUCACAAUGGAGACAUCAAUGGCAAUGAAUCUGCAGAUCAGCAUCCUCUGCAGCUGCGAGAAUCUUCUGGUACAUGCCAAGACGAUGAGCCCGAGAGAGAAACUGAGUUGCUGCCUCGAAUUGGAGAGCAAUACCAGGUCUCGAUCCCACCUUUCGUUACCAUAUCGGUCUACCUCCAAAAUGAUCAUACAUUACCCUCAGAAGGCAAUUCUCUCAAGUUUUCAAUCGGGUUGCCUAUAUCACUAACAUGGAUUAAGGAAGAAGGCGAGAUGAUCAAGAAAGAACUAGACGAGUUCCUCAAUGCUUUGUCCACGGAUUCUAUCAAGAAGGAAACUGGGAAAGCUAAGACUGAUGAAGUUGUUCAAUGUGGAACUAAAACUUACCUCUUGGUACCUGGUUCGUCUUGUUGUGAUGAAUGGAAUGAUCUAGAAGUGGGGAGCUUUCUGCUUGGUUUGUAUGUCUUUGGGAAGAACCUUGUUCAAGUACAGAAGUUUGUUGAGAGUAAGACAAUGGGCCAGAUACUGUCCUUCUACUAUGGGAAGUUCUAUUGGUCGAGUAGAUAUCGUAAGUGGUCUGAAUGUGGGAAGCAGAAUGGAAGGACGAGAAUGUUUGGACAGAGGAUCUUCACUGGGUCAAGGCAUCAGGAGCUCAUGUCUCGCUUGGUCAAUCAUUCGUCCGAGGAAUGUCAGCACACUUUGCAGAAGGUUGCUAAGUCAUUUGGAGAGGGGCAAAUGAUGCUGGAGGAAUAUGUAUUUGCUUUAAAAUCAGCAGUCGGUUUAAAGGCCUUUGUAGAAGCAGUGGGAAUUGGUAAAGGGAAACAAGACCUAACAAGCACUGCCAUGGACUCCCUGAGGUCAACGAAUCAUGGUGGGAAAGCUCGACCUGAGAUACCUGUGGGCAAAGAAUGUUCAAAUCUAACACUUUUGGAGAUAGUCAAUAUCCUAACAGGAAGAUACCGGCUGAGCAAAGCUAGGUCGAACGAUAUCUUCUGGGAAGCUGUUUGGCCAAGACUGCUUGCUAGAGGAUGGCACUCAGAGCAACCUAAAGAUGGUUCUAGAAACUCCCUGGUGUUUAUAGUCCCCACAGUUAAGAAAUUCUCUCGAAGGAAGCUUGUGAAAGGAGAGCAUUACUUCGAUUCGGUUACUGAUGUUCUGAACAAAGUUGGUUCUCAGCCUUCACUUCUUGAGCUUGAUAUUGGAAACGAAGAGAAUGGUUGGAGUAAAGGUGGGAACUUUGAGGGAGAUAAUUUAGGUGGUAAGGAGCAACACUGUUAUCUUAAACCGAGGAAAUCAGAACUUGGUAGUACGAAUGGUUUGAGCUUCACAGUUGUUGAUACGAGCCUGGCUAAUGGGCAAAGCAAGAAGAUAACGCAACUAAGAAGGUUGCCAACUGAGGCUUUGAACAUUUCCCUCCCCAUUAGUGAUUCUGAAGAUAGUAGUAGUAGUGAUGAUGAUUAUUCUUCAGAAGGACCCACAGAUGCAUCGCAUUCUGCAGGAGACUCGAGUGUUGAUUUAGAUUUUCAUGGAAAUGGCACUGCGAGGCAUAGUUUCCUUGUGAAUGGCUUGAACAGUAAAGCUGCUACUGCUGAUGAUGGAAGAGCUAUGCAGGCGAGAAAGGUUUUUGUGCACAAUCCUCAAGCUAUAAGGAAAAGAAAAGUACCCAGCAAUGGGAAUGCGGAAGUGGACCCGCCAGCUGCGAAAAGGCAACAGAUGAAAACAGCAGCAGCAGCACCACCACCAGCUGCAGCAGCAGUGCCUUGUGAUGCAAGGAAUACCAAAUGCAGAACUUUCGAUGAUUUGGUUGGUCAACAGGUGGAGAAGCAACAACAGAAAGCAGCAGUGCCUUGUGACCCAAGAAAGACUAACUUCGUAACAUUUAGUGACGAGUUAAUCAGUGCUCCAAGGAUGAUUGAGGAUUAUCCUGUGAACUAUCGCGGACAUGGAUUUCCUUCCCAUGUGCCGAGUCAGCAGCAAGAGAAACUACCUUUCACCAGUUCUUCAUCCAGCUUUAUGAGCAGUACUUCUUCUGCUACUGAAAAUUCCAACGACAACCCUCAAUCUCGGACAUUGAUUGACCUUAAUAUUGCACCGACCCAUCAAGAACCUGAGCACUCAAUGAUGUCUGAAAGGAAGAUCAACGAUGUGCAGACAGAGGACCCUGGAGUCUCAAAUCAGCCAGAGGACCCUGGAGUCUCAAAUCCUUCAACUUCAACUUCAGCUUCAACUUCCGACUCUCGUAGACACAGUACUAGAAACCGGCUACUGACUACUAAGGCAAUGGAAGCUCUUGCUUAUGGGUUCUUAAGCUUGACGCCAAAGAGAGACAGCCAUGUAUCGAAACAAGAGUCUAAACGAGCAAAGAAGGCGAGGAUUGGCAGCAGUAGUACCAACUUUGGACCCGAAAUUGUGGAUUUUAACGGUGGAGAUGAACCAGGAAGCUGUCUGACCAAGAGUAGCAGUAGCAAUGACAUCGAUAACGAGGUUCAUGUUCGAGGUAACGAGCCAUUUGUCAGCUGAGCUUGAAAAUGAGUUCAAACCGUUGAAUGAACCGAGAAACCUGUGUGUACAGCUCAGCUCUCCUAGUUUACUACAUAGGUUACAUCGCAAGAAGAUGAUGGAAAUAGAAAAGACCAGGAAGCGGGUAUUGUGGGUUUGGAGUUACGACUUUUAUCUUCGUUCAAAAUCAAAUGCCUUGGAAAGAAAAGGUGCUUUGUUGUGAAGGGGAAAUUUAACUCCAUUGUUAAAGAAUCCAUCUUUACAAAUAAUAGUUGAAAACCAGUUACUUUAAUUUGCUUAUUUUUUUAGUUCCAACUACAGAUUUUUGCCUGAUCGUAUAAUGGAAGGCCAGAGUUUAAAUCUCUUUUAGAUUUGCUCCUAAUUGGUUGCUUUAGCAUGUAGAGAUAUGAGGUAGAGCUCAAAGACCAAGAAAGAGGUUCAAUUUCUUUACUUAAUUUAUGGUUAAUGCCAAUUCUAAAUAUGCACAAGUUAUUAAUUAAUAAUGGAAUUAUAAGCUAAUCUAGACUAUAUUACAAUGAUUAUAAACUGUAUAGAAGGUUGUAUUGAAAAAGUUAACGGUUUAUGUUGAAAUCGUGAUUUAAGUGAUAUAAUUAAUUUAUACUGCUAAAAAUUGCCUGCCAAUUUAAUCUCCGCUAGAAAAUUUUCUCGAUCGAACGACAAUACUAUACAGUUUUACCAACUCUGCUAUCUUACCCGGUUCAUUAGAAUCUAUGGGGUCGUUUGGUUUUGGUGAUAGUUAAAUAUAUGUAUUGUGCAUGCAUCAUUUGGUUUAUGUGAUAGUUAUUGAAAUAAGUUAUAUUACUUUUUGAGGCAAAUGUCACUUUUACCCUUUGUUUUUAAUAUUAAAAAAGAAACACACAUAAAAUGGCAGGGACAUAGUUGGAACAAAAGAAAACCCAACAAUCUGUACCAAACAUCUCAACCAAAACUUGAGAUUUAACUAUCACUCAUUUUGAGUGAUAGUUUGUGUCAAAUCAAGCAAACACUGCAUGUAUUGUUUGUACAGAAAAUUAAAAAAAGGAUACGUUGUAUACAAUGCAUGUAUUGUAACUAGGGCUGGGAAACGGUGCGGUCUGGUCCAGACCAGACCAUAUAUACGGUCUAUGAUCCAGACCGAGAGGGUAAAGUAUAGACCACAGACUAUACGGUCCGGACCAGACCACGCCUGUGCGGUCUGGUUCGGUCUGGUCUAGUCCAGAUAGACCACACUCAACGAAAAAUGAACAAUUUGUUUAGUCAACCAUACAAAAGUUUGAACCAAUAAUCAAGAAAAAUAAUUUUUAUUUGCCUUAAAACAUUAAUCCUAACAUGCAUGAAUAAAUUUGAUACCCUAAA